UAUACUAGCAAUGAAAAAAAUUACUGGCAAUAUUUUCCUUUUGAAUAUAAAGCCAAACAAAUAGAUCUGUACAAAAAACUAUUUCUUUCUUUACAUGGAAAAGCUUUUGACAGCAUAAGAAGACUUCUAAGUCCCAAACAUCCCCUCUUCACGUUGUAUACAGAGCAGAUUGUAUUCAGAGGGCUGUACUAAGGAGUUGAAUUACUCUGUCUUGUUUGCUCUGAGCACAGAGGGAUGUGUCUUACAAUGCAUGGCAAAUCACCUGGAUGAAUCUCUCUUUCUGAUGAACUUAGUGGAGCUUUAAGAGCUGCCUGCUGUUUUGGAGAGAUUGGCUGCCACCAUGGUGCCCGGCGGCUUGUCUGACACCAGGCCUGCUACCCCAGAAAUCCAACACAUAGUUGACCAGGUGAAAGAACAAUUGCAAAGGAGGACAAAUGAAAAAUAUGGCCUCUUUCUAGCCAUCGUCUAUAGGACUCAGGUGGUUGCUGGAAUAAACUACUUCAUUAAGGUGCAGGUCUCUGAUUCCAUGUAUGUCCACAUGAGGGUGUUUCAGAGCCUUCCUUCUGAGAACCAAGGCCCCAGCCUUGUCAGUUAUGAGACUGGCAAAACCAGGGAUGAUCCUCUGACUUAUUUCUGAGGAGCAGCGGGGCCUAGUUCCUCACUUCUGCAAGUCACGUGUGGAUUUGACCU